AUGCAAAAAAAUGGAACCGAUGAGCUUAAAGAAUUUGAAGGAUAUGUGAAAAAAUAUGUAAAAAAAUCGUUAAACAGCGAUCAAUUUGAUGCGUUAGUAAGCUUUGCCUAUAAUACAGGUGAAGGUGCUAUUAAAAGUGUAGCAAAUAUUAUUAAUUCCAAGAGAUUCAGCAAAGUCCGUAGUGAAAUGGCUAAAUACAAUAAAGUUACUAUUGAAGAAAAUGGUAAAGAGU